AUUGAGGUCGUGGGGUUACUUGAGUAGUUCCAGAGUAUGGGGACUACUAGUAUCGAUGUUCCCGUUAUGCCCAAAGUCCUGGCUUUUCAGUCAGAUUUUCAGUUGAUUUUAAUCAUAUUGCCAAGUUCAAAGUAAAAACGAAAGUCCGUAUGUCGGUGGAUCCAGUUGACACCAUAAAUAUAUAUCACGGGAAGCACGCAAAAAAUCAUGUGCUGUUACCUUAUAUCAAGAAAAAAAACAACAGUUAUUUGAUAAGUUUAUAGACUUUCUACUAUGUUUGGUAGCUGGCCACAAUGAUGCGGAGUGUUGAAAUGUAAUAUCUAAACUGUUAAUCAUAGUAAUCACAAAUGGAUCAUGUAGUGAGACAUCAAUUUAUGGAUGACGUCUGAGUGACGUCAAUGGGAUUUAGAAAAAGCUCACUUCCUCAUUAUAGCUCAAAAGCAAUUGUAAAUUGGUUUGAGAACCUAGAAUUUAGUUGCAAUUUUAAAGUUAGGGUUUGAGAUCCUGGUUAGUGUUCUCAUCUCGAAAUAACACAAAAAAUAUGCCAAAAUGCUGUGGGGCUAUUUGAAUGAAUGAACGUUGCGCCAAAACGUGAGGGUCGUUGUUGCAAACCUGAUUAAUUCGUUCAUAAAUUUUUGUCUUACCCUAAACUGUGGCUUUUUGUCCUCAAGUACCGUCUGGGUCAUUCAGUGCCGCACCCACCCAAAGUUCUUUGUUUUUUCUUCAGUAGUAAUAAUACAUUUCUUUCACAAAUUAAGAACCAUGUUAGUCUCAUCUUAUUUUAAAUGUAUUUUCUUAUAAUCAGUGCGGAAGUAGCGUUAAUUUAGGAUGUUUUCAGUAAAUGAAUGAUCACAGAAUUUGUCUGUAAUUCUGUGCGAUGUAGUUUGACUUUUUCCUUGGAAUAUUCUGCAUAUAAACAUUACUUGAGGGAAUUUGGGAUAAAAAGUUUCCAUUUGAAAGCACUUUGAUUAUUUACUGGUAGUUCCACACCAUCCUAAAUUGUAGACUUCACACCGAAUCCUACAUUUAUUAUGGACUUUCUCUUUUCUCUUAAUUAGUUUUCACAACGUGCAUUACUUGUGAACCUUUGAAUUAGUAUGCGUUCAACUUACGUGUGUUUGAAUAGUCUUUGUUUUGCGUGUAAAUCGGUAGUAAUUAAUCUCCCUCCUUUCAAGGAAUUUAUUACAUAUUGCAUACAAAUGGUUUAAAACUAUUAUAAACAAGUCUCAGACUCAAAAAGAUAUCGCUCACAGCCACUCUCAGUAGACCUUGGGGAUAAAACACUACCAUAGAAAACUUUCGGCUGGAAAUUAUAUCAUACAUAUAUGAGGUCCAAUAAAAGGUAUCAUAGUGUUUUGUGAGUAGUGAGAGAGAUGUGAAGUUGGGACUGUUAAAACUGAUAUAAAUAAAAAAUUGUAAGGGUACGUAUGAAGUUAAUAUUUACGUUGUUGGUCCGUCAAACUCAUGUUUUGAUUUCGUUUCACUUGGAGCUACUUCACUGCAGAUUGUCUUUUUAUGAUUUUUCAACUACCAUAUUUGCUUUAAUAUUGUCAAAUUUACGUUUGUGGCCCACGAUUUUGGUAUUCAGGGCAAUAGUUAAGGUCUUAUUGAGCUUCUGACGUUAUGGAAAGAUCCGCAUGGUCGGAGGGUCUUACUUUGUUGGUUUUUUGAUCAUCUUAAAGUAGAUUGUUUUUAAUGUCCUUCAUUUUAUUCGGCUCAGUUUAUUUUCUAAAUUUUUUCGAUUGUAAAACUGAGGGGGUUUCGUGUUGCGCUUGAACUAGAGUGUUUUGUAGUGUGUUCAGGGUUUUAUAAAGCACUUUUAAUAUCGGUUUUGCUUUUUAUUUAUGGGGAAUUGCAAAUUCUAGCAUAAUGGUCAUGCAUUAUAUUUUGAAAUGCAUGUAAUACGGUUAAUCCUGUGAAUGAUUAUACUAGUUGUCCAUACUAACGGUCUCGUGACAAAUAUCCAGAUUUCAUUCAUAAAGUCUGUCUGAUCUCUUAUUUUUGUGCAUAGUUUUUGCGUAAGCUCACUUUAUCAUAGGGAGCUGUAACAUACAGUUCGGAUCAAAAACUGCUGAUCAGAAUUGAGUGAUGGACAUACCUAGUGUGAAGUAUUCUACCUAAACAACAUUCAUAAUAAGGCCUAAUGUUUAGUUUAGGCAAUAUCGUUAACAAGAGGUUAUUAUGUAGCUAAUAACUGAUCCCUAAGGUUAAGGGAUAGCUUUAUUCAGUACUGCAAAGUUUCCUUAGGAGUAAACACGACAUUAUCGUACUUGGGAAAAUACAUUAUCCUGCUAACUACGUAUGGUUGUUUAAUGUGAAAAUAAAUCAACCGAUUUAACUUGUAGCACCGUCGCCACUUUAGCCCAACGUUCCUAUGAUUUAUUUAGUUAGUAUGAUUUGUAUAGUCUUGGCAAAUUUUUAUGUCCGCAUACUUAACGUCAGCUUCUAAUGGGCUUGGCUUGUCAGUACCACUGCACCGGAUAUAAUUUUGCUAAUAACCUUUAUUUUGAUGUUAGUGUUAUCUUAAUGACCACGACUAGAAAGGUAUUCCGUGGUGGUUGAGACAACUAGUUUAAAAGGAUAGAUUCAAAUGAUUUUCACUUAUGGCAUGUUACAUAUGAUAAUGCAUAGAAUAACGAGGUUCUCAAGGGUUUGCAAGAAAUAGAAAUUCUCAUAUUUAUGAAUCGUCAGAGUUAACAUUGUGAAGUAGUUCGUUGUUUCAAAUUGUCAUGUGUACUUUUGGUUAAUAGGUUUGAUCAAGCAAACCUAAUCUGUAACGGGCUUGGUAGUUUCGUCUCUCGAAUGACUAAACUUUACACAAAUGUUUCGAUCAUGAUCCUUGAACUCCAGCUUCUCACGCCUACUCAGCUUUUAGUUGUCUUACUGUCUGAAACUAAACUAUAAAUGAAGGAUCAUAGAGGUUUUCAUUCUAAAAUGUAAGAUUUUUGAUUAAGUUUUACCAGAUGAAUGCGUAUGCUCAUUAAGUAUCAUGUUUCCCUAUUCAGGGAAAUAUCUAGUUUCCGAAUAGUGGCGCUUACGACAAUGAUAUGGAUACUUAUGCGCCUCAUCAGAUUUAUUUGACAGGACUUCAUAAAGCACAUCUGGCCUUUUUUCAAGCAAAAAUUUGCCGCUCAUCUCAGUCAUUGAUAUUUCUCACUACUUAUCUACGUUUAUUUUGACUAAUAAUCAUAAAUGAACUUUGGGUUUAUUCCAGGACAUUCGACUAAACAUGUUAUCAUCCUGUUGUAAACUUUAGGAUUGGAUUUAAAUAUCCUUCGUCUUAUCGGUGGUUAUUUACCUUACUGCAGGGGUAUUUCGCCAAAAUCCACUUGUACAGUCAUUGUUCGUUUGCUUCGUGCAACUAUUUAGGCACUUAGAACAAAUUUAUGGUUCCAUAUUAUUGUGACAUGUAUUAACUUAGACAUCAACUCGGUUUAUCAAUGUUCCUAUAGGUGAUAUUACUGAUAACGUUUUGGUCAGUGUUAUCAGAGAAAUCAUGUUAUUUAUUUAUUUUGAUUACAGAUCAGUCAAAAAUAUAUUGUAAUUUUAUGAAGAUUGCGCAUAAACAUGGGAGGAAUAUCCACCAAAAUAGCUUUUGAAGUGUGUGUGGUAACAGGAGACUACAGUGGCGAUGAAUUAGGUCCCGGAGUUAACAUGGUCAUGUUUGAUCACUGUGGUAAUCAGUCACCAACAAUUACUUUGGAUAAUAUAUUUCAAAAUGAUAUUGACUAUACACAAGCAAAAUUCACCAUUGAUUUACAGGCCUGGAGUCGACUUAAAGUGUUUAAACGACUACACCAUAUUGAAUUUUGGUGUACUACUCAGUCUUAUCCACCACCUGCUUGGUUUUUAGAUAGAGUGAUUAUUAGGGAUAGAAGAUUUGGGAUGACUGCUGAAUGGAAAUAUUUUUUCUUUCCUGUACAUCAGUGGAUUAGUCAAGACCACCAAUAUGUUGUUCAUGACUGUGAGGCCUGGAUUCCUCAAUUGGAACCCUUUCCAGAGUUAAGAGAAGAGGAAGUUAGUAGACGUAUGCAAUUUUUUACUUUAUUCCAACGGUCAAAGGGUUUGCCAGUCGAAUUACAAGAAAUCCCACCUUCGGAGUUGUUCUCAUCAGACUCUCGAUGGGAUAUUGAGCCUUUAGUUCUGGAAGUUAUUGAACGUACUGGUCUGGCUGAAGAAUACACAAGUGAAGAGUCUUGGGAUUCUCUCGACACAUUGGGAAACUUCUAUAAGAAAUAUAAUAUUACUGAACCUGUCAAUCGUUGAUGCCCUGGUAUGGCCGAGAGCGGGGUGAGUUCGCCCUCCCUCUCGAAAUACUCUCACACGGUCACGCGUAUACAGCCUCUGCCAGGGAAGUCCUACUCACUGCCUUCUCGUGGCGAGGGUGUUGUUUACGAAAAUGAGAGGACGAAAAGCGAAUGUUCGGCGCUUUAACCGGAUUCCAAAUCAAUGGUGCACAUGGGCUCCAGUAUCCUGCGGGAACAAAUGGCGUAUGAACCAAUCGUUGGUCACCGGCUACCAUGGGACUGCAUCUUCUUACGAUGCUCCACUGCUUUGUGGGUUAGACCAUUAGGUCAAAGGCUCGGGGUGUGGCCCCCUAAGAAAACCACCUGCUUCGGUCUGGGCACCCCUGCAUUAUCACAGCCUACACACAAUUAAUGAACCGAACUGUCUAUGAUCAUGGAAACUAAUUCUCUUGCUUCGACGAACGUUAAAAUGAUU